AUGGAUAAAAGAGCGUUUCUAGACCAAGAGCCUCCGCCUGGCUACGUUCCUGGCGUGGGACGUGGUGCAGUUGGAUUUACAACAAGUGCAAAUACCGCGAUCUCAAGGGUGCAACCAGGAUUUUUAAUCAACCAGGGUGAUGAUGAGGACGAUGGUAUAGAGAUAGGUGGAAAAUUUAACGAAGAGGAUGGUCUCCUUACCAGAGCAUCGAAAGAUAAAGAGGACGAAGAAGCUGAUAGAAUAUAUGAUGAAGUCGAGAGAAGAUUGAAAACAAAAAACAAACGCAACAAUGAGAUUGUUACACUUGAGGACUCAUCAAUUGUGGAGGGCAACUUUGCUGAUUUGAAAAGAGGACUUGCUACAAUUACUGACGACCAAUGGGAAAAUUUGCCUGAAGUAGGAGAUUUGACCAGAAGGAACAAGAGAACCAGGUUAUUGGAACAACAACAACAAAGAUUUUACGCAGUUCCCGAUAGCGUGAUAGCAGGUUCUUCGGCAAAUAAUACGCCUACUGAUUUCCAGUCCAUCUCUGAAGCCAGAGAUAAAGUGUUGAGUACGCAGCUCGACGGGUUGAUUGGCACUGUACAUGAAACCGUAGACUUAGUUGAGACUGAGCCUGAACAGACUGAUCAACAAUUUGCAGAUAUCAAGAAAGGGAGAUUGAUUCUUUCCUCAUUGCGAAAGACAGAACCUAAUAAACCAAAUUCGUGGAUCGCAUCCGCACGUUUAGAGGAGCAAGCAAAGAAUAACAAACUAGCCAAAAACUUAAUUGUGGAAGGCUGUAAAAAAUGUCCCCGAAAUGAGGAUAUUUGGCUUGAGAAUAUUCGUAUUCAUUUAAAAACUAAUGAUGGUCUCAAGAUAUCAAAGAUAAUAGUAACUGAGUCAUUGAACUUCAAUCCCAAGUCGGAAAAGCUAUGGUUGAAAGCAUUUGAAUUGGAAAACUCUUCUGAUAUAAUGUCGAGAAGAAAAAUAUUAAUGAAAGGGUUGGAGAACAUACCCACAAGUGUCCGAUUAUGGAGAGAGUUAAUCAACUUCGAAACGGAAAACGAAGAUGUCAAGAAGUUGUUAACAAAAGCAGUAGAAUUAUGUCCAGGUGAGUGGGAGUUCUGGUUGUUGCUUAUCAAUCUUUCAGACUACUCAGAGUCCAAGUCUAUUUUAAAUAAGGCAAGAAAAGCUUUGAAAGGUAACUUCAAUGUUUGGUUAACUGCAUGCAAACUUGAGGAAGGAGAAAGUGAUAAUAUUGAAGAUCAGAAAUUGAUAAAAAUGGUUGACAAGUCAUUUAAAGAAAUGUACGGAAACUCCCUCAAUGUACAAGAAUGGUUGACUUCUGCAGGUGAGAAUAAAAUAUUAAGGUCUGAUUGGAUAAAUGAAGCCUCAAAAGCAGAAGCAGAAGGGUAUCUUAAGACGUGCAAGGCUAUCGUAACCAACAUACUAAGCAACGAUGAAAGAAUAGACUUACCAGAAAAAUUUCUGUAUUGGUUCAAGGAUGCCCAUUUGUUAACCAAAAACACUCAUGUGGCAACUGCGAAGUUCAUAUAUCAAUAUUUGAUCCAAAAGUACCCCAAUAAUGUUGAGAACUGGAUAGAAUUAUUUGAUGCGUUAAAAUUAUCGGAUGAUUUAAAUCAGUUAUUUGAGUUUUAUGAGCAAGCAAUAGCGUUGAAUCCUAAGGAGGAAAUUCUCACAUUGAUGUGCUCCAAAGAUUAUUGGAAACUCAAGAAUGAUAUUGAAUCAGCAAGAUCAACUCUCAAGCAAGGUUUAGAGCGUUUGCCCUUUAAUGAACAGCUUUGGAUGGCAAGCAUUAAGUUGGAAGUAAAGACAUUCAAUUACAAUAACGCGGAGAGAUUAUCACUUGAGUCAAUUAAUAAGAUCCCAAAGUCUAACGCAAGAAUAUGGUAUAAGUACAUUCAUCUCUUGAGGUUUCUCAGACCAAGCGAAUCUCAAAAGCUAUUAGAACUUUCUGAACAGGCACUUGAGCUAUUUCCGAAUUCCUAUAAGCUUUAUCUUCAAAGAUCACAAAUUCUACUCCAAGAUAAUGAUAUUGACAAGGCAAGAGAGACUUUAGAUACUGGUAUCAAGCUUUGUCCUCCUUCUCCUGAACUAUGGGUAUCUAUGGCUCAUAUUGAUGAGGUGUAUUUGAAAGUUCUUAUCAAAGCCAGAUCCACAUUGGAUAGAGCAUUAUUGGCUAUUCCAGAUAGCGAGGAGAUAUGGAAUACAAAAAUAUGUCUUGAAAGAAGAAAUAAUGACUUGAUCACUGCCAGACAAUUAACCAAUAAGGCACUAAAGAUUUUGCCGAGCUCAUCAUUAAUUUGGUAUCAGUAUCUAUCCUUAAUCACAAAAUCUUCCCAAAGGAAGAAUGCAUUUCUCGAUGCUUUGAAAGCAACUGAUAACGACUCAUUCAUUUUACUAAGUAUUGGAAAAUUUUUCUGGUAUGAAGGUAAAUUUUCCAAGGCAAGGUCAUGGUUUGAAAGAAGUUUGGCAAGAGAUAAUCAGAAUGGUGAUUCUUGGACUUGGCUCUAUUGCUUCUUGAAAAGUUAUGGGACGAAGAAUGAACUUGAAGAAAUGUUGAAGAAGUUUGAAGAGAGUUCCGAAGACAUCAAUAAAGGAAGGGUAUGGUGUCAAGUUGCCAAAAAAAUAGAUAAUUUUGACAAAACUUCAAAAGACUUGCUACAGUUGACCGAGACAGAAGUAUUGAAAAGCUAA